GUGCCUGUUAGAUCUCCGCUUACACUAGCCAAAGUCCCCACCGUGUAGCGUAGUAUUGCUGUGUUCUCUUCUCCUCCCCACCCCCUUCUUCCUCUCUCACUCUCCCUCCCCACUCUCAGCAGCCGCCGCCCAAGCAGAGAGGGCGGGGCACACACAGAAGCGCGCGUCCGGCCAGCAGACCAGCACGGAGCGAGCAAUGGAGUAUGAGAGGAUUCACAAGCCCCAGGCAGGCGCCCUUUCUCCCACAAAGCUGAGGAUGAAGCUUCUGGGAGCCCACAAUCGCGUGAGGGUCAUCAGCAGCAGCUCCUCACGAACAUCGCCUUCAAAGAACGUCGAGCCGUCGCAAGCGCAGAACAGAUUAUUAGUAUGCGAUGUUCUUGACGAAGUUUCAGACAGCUCUGGUGCCUCCAAAUGCCCUGCAGCAGUCAGCAACACCGAAGUUGUAGACAAGGAUCCAGCAGUAGAUAGCUACAAGGUUCAGAACAUUUCCAAGGGUUCAGUUCACCAACCUGCGACGAGCAACUCAAGCAUGAUACAUCCUGUGCGAACGGUCGAGGAGGACAGCAACGAAUGCGACAGUGGUCUUGACAAUGCCAGUACCAGCAGCUUUGAGUUCCAUGGAGGCGAGAAGACGGCGGCGGCGCAGAAUCCAACCGCAGGGUACUUCUCAAGACAGGCUUCCUCCAAGUGGAACGACGCAGAGAAAUGGAUUGUGAACAAGCAGACUGUUCAGCAGAACACCACCAAGGGUGCAUCGCAGAACCAGAGUGCGCACCAGGUGAGUUCCGCUGCGCCCAGGGGCGGUGGCGUUGUGCCCAAACACCACGGCGCAUUUGCUCGCCCCAUUCAGAACAUGAAGAGAUUCAACCCGGCUUCGUCGGCCUCUCGGAGCAUAUUAGAGAGGCUGUCUUUCGCUUCACAUCAGCCGAAGCUGGUCAGGCACGCAGAUGUUUGUGCAGAUCAAGGUUCUAGCGCCAACUCGAACUAUCAGACGGGUCAAACUGAAACCAAUUCAAUUGCAAUUAAGCCCUGCAAUGAUGCUGAAGCUAUUUCUACAGUUCAGGCGGUGUCUGUGAGAGAUGUGGGCACAGAAAUGACUCCAAUACCAAGUCAAGAUCCAUCAAGAACAGGAACACCACUUGGGUCUGUGACACCGACUCGCAGCCCGAAUUGUUCGAUACCAUCAACUCCUGUAGGUGGACGAUCGACGGCAUCAAUAGGAGAAGACAAUGCAGAUGAUGGUCCUUAUUUCAACAGAAAAGGUGGCAUGAAUGAAUUGUCAGAGGAUGAAAUCAGGCUCAAGGCAAGGAAAGAAAUCGCUGCCCUAGGUGUACAACUAGGAAAGAUGAACAUCGCUUCAUGGGCUAGCAAAGAGGAGCUAGAAUUAGUCUCUGCGACGCCGAGCAUCGCUGAUCUGGAGAGGAUGAAGCAGGAAUAUGCUACUCGUGCUGCAGCAUUCGAGGACGCCGAAAAUUCUAAACAUACAGCACGAUUCAAGAAGGAAGAGCUGAAGAUCGAAGCAUGGGAGAGCCGCCAAAGAACAAAAGUUGAAUCCGAAAUGAAGAAGCUAGAGGAACGCGCGGAGAAAAUGAGAAGCGAGGCCAUGGCGAGGAUGGCCGAAAGGCUGGAGCUGGCACGCCGCGUGGCCGAGGAGAAACGGGCAUCAGCCAACGCCAAGAUGAACAAGCAAGCAGCUAGGGCAGUUCAGAAGGCUGAUCUGAUUCGCCAGACGGGAAGGAUUCCUGGGUCACGUAUCCUAUGCUGUGGCUGUUUCUGUGAACCUUAGCACUUGUUUAACAACUAGCCUGUUAAAAUAUGAUUGAGAGGAGUCUAAUUUCCUCGUUCUAUAGUCAGCAUUCCUUGGUUUUUUAGUAUGCAAAAGGGAAUGUCUGAUCUAGGUGAUUCAGAUGUACACACAUUCUUCGUUGUCAUAUAAAUAAUUUGGUUAGUGUGAGA